CACGCAUAGAGCUGACAUGACCUAUGCAAAGUUAUGCAAGACUAUGUACACAACUAUACCGCUGACUCAGCGUGACACCACCGCGGAAGUUCGGACCGCGAAUGACUUCAACUUCUGCAGCAGAGUCGCCAGUCACAGCACAUUCAAGACACAGACACAAUGAAGCCCCUCCAGCCGACAUCUACCAUCCUCAGUGCUGCGCGCACAUCAAUCACCCCGCGAGUCACCCAGCCAAGACCCAGCCGCCUCUUUUGGAGCUCCACGAACAAUGCCAGCGACACCUCAAGCAAUACCUCCGGCAACACCACCAACACAGACAAGAAAAUCUACCGACUAAAUCCCCAGCAAAAAAACUUCCUCGAUCGCGCCCUCCGCGUCAACCAAGCAGGCGAACUAGCCGCCACCCUCAUCUACGCCUCGCAAUCGCCUCUCAUCACCCGGUCCCAGCCCCACCUCCGCCCCCUCAUGAAACACAUGUACGACCAGGAAGCCGCCCACCUGUCCACCUUCAACAACCUCAUCGCCACCCACCGCGUCCGUCCCACGGCCAUGACCCCCGUCUGGCGCGCCGCCGCUUCCUUCCUCGGUUGGUCGACGGCUUGUCUCGGCCGGGAGGCUGCCAUGGCUUGCACGGAGGCUGUCGAGACGGAGAUUGGGACGCAUUAUAAUGACCAGGUGAGGGAGAUUCUCUCCUGGGAGAAGGAUGCUGCGGCGAAGGGGGAGGUGCUUGAUGAGGAGGUUGCGAGCUUGGUGACUUCUUUGAGGAGGAUCCGCGAUGAGGAGCUGGAGCAUUUGGAUCAUGCGGUGGAACAUGAUGCCAAGAUGGCGACGCCGUAUGAUCCGCUUGUGGGGGUGAUUCGUGCGGGGUGUCGGGGGGCGAUUGAGAUUUCCGAGAGAGUUUGACCUGUAUUAUAACCAUCUUUUUGUGUCUUUUGGUUGCCGUUGUAGCGUGUACUUUUAGGGGACUAUGUUUGAUUAGAGAUAGAUACCUGGACUGGCUCGAUUGGUGCCAUCCAUGACUUUAUAUGCUUGACCCAAUGGUAUAUUAGUAUCUAGAGCGUCA